UCGUCAUGAUGGAGUACAAGUGGUCGAUCGAGGCCAUCGUGGCCCUGGCCACGGGCGGCCCCCUCUUGAUCCUCGCCGCCGUCGUGCCUCUGGCCAAGUGGUUCGCUGCCCGCGGCCGCCGUCAGCAUGAGGAGGGGGAGGGGGAGGAGGGACACGAUCUCGAGAGGCAGGAUCCGCCCGCGCCGGGUCGCCGCUGCUCCGAGUCCAUGUUACCCGUCGUCCUCAUCGGUGACGGCGAUGGGGGCUCUGCAACGCCCUCGACCGUCACCCUGCCGCCUCCGGCCGCGUUUUCCCCUACCGGGCAUCACGAAGACAUAUCCGCGUUCUUCGACCAGCGUCUCGAGAGCUUCCAAUUCCUUCGUAGAGGCAGCGUCUUCGGCCGUCACUCUGCCGCCUCCGGUCGUGGUUCCCCCCUCAGUCGUCGCGGAGACGCACCUUCUUCCAACACCGCCUGGCUAGCUUCCAGUCCCCCCUCCGACGUACACCAAUAG